CAUUGAAAGAAAGUAGCUAUGACACUGGCAUUUGACAUCCAACUAGACGAAAAUUUGAAAAACGGGAAAUUAAAAAUUGUUUUACAACAAUUUCAACAUUUUCAACAUAAUAUUUAGGCCAUCUACUGAAGGCCCAUGUUUAAUAAUGCAAAAAUAAAUGAACUUAUUUUAGAACGAUGGAGGGAGUUUUAUGGAAAUGGACAAAUUAUUGGAACGGAUGGCAGACAAGAUGGUUUGUGUUAGAGAAUGGUAUACUUUCUUAUUAUAAAUCACAAGAUGAAGUAGUUCAGGGAUGUAAAGGAUCAGUGAAAGUAUCUGUUUGUCAAAUAAAUGUUAAUACUAUUGACAACACAAGAUUGGAUCUAGUGAUACCAGGUCAACAGCAUAUGUACUUAAGGGCACCUUCUCCUCAAGAUAGACAAAAAUGGCUUGUGGCAUUAGGAAGUGCCAAGGCAUGUGUUGACGCACAAGAUAUAAAAGGUAUAAUCUUCGAGGAUACAAAUACUUUGAGUCAUAAAAAAUCUGAAUUGCGUUUGUAUUGUGAUCUCAUGAUGCAGCAAGUUCAUGCAGUGAAAAGUGCGGCAAAUGCAGAUACUGGUCCUGAAUUACAGACUAUUAAUGAUGCAACAAGUUUACUCACAGCAACGUGUGAUACAUUCAUCAGAACGCUGGAAGAUAUAAUGAAGCUUGCACCUCCAGGAGCUCCACCAACCACUCCAUAUGAAAUGCCCAUACCCAAUUUAAUAAUCACAAAAAACAACUCUUCAAAUAAAAUGCCUAGACAAUCACUAAGUAGAACUUUAUCACAAGAGAAUAGAUGAAUAUUUUAGGUAGGCUUGUAAAACAAACAAAAAAAACUAUUAUGCCAAUAGUAAUUGUCUUACGAAAUUGAAAUUGUUAGGACAUGAGUUAGUGUAAACCAUUCUUAGUUUGGUGUGUAAACGUAAUCUGUUGACAUGUAUGGUUACUGUGGCCUUGUAGGGAACAUCUUAUUCAUAGGCAUUUAUUAUGAAAAAGUUCCCAUUCAUGUGCUUACAAUUUACCGUUGUAACAGCUACAAAAUGUGCGUGUUGAAAAUGUACACCCUAUUUGAAUUCAAUUAAAUUUAUCUAUCAUACUAUAUUAUUAUAUCCUUUUGUGAAUAAUAUCUCGUGCACUAGUAGUCAUUCAUAAGUUUUCUUUUUCACUUUUUUUUAGGAUAUAAAUUUAAGGUAUGUUCAUUUAUUAUAACUUGAAGGUUGGACAUCAGCAGUACAACACAUAUUAUUACAUUACUUUUACUCAACAUGAGUAAAAGUAUGUAGAUGAUUCCAAUAAAUCAAUCCAAUAAAAGCUAUUAUUUUAUAUUUAAAUUUACAACUGUUCAAAAUUAGUAGUUUUUAAAUCACAUUUUUUAAUUAUCUACCAUUCAUUACUGGUGUUUGAUAGUUUCAAGUGUUUAAAUUUAAAGAGAAUCAAAUAAUUCAGUAAUUUCAAAAUAAAAAAUCAUCUUCCAUGCAUUGAUGCAUUGACCCCUCCUUUUAUUUGUGGGUCGUAUUUACAAAUAAAUUUUAAAUUACAUCUAUUCAACAAAGAAUUACAUAAUUAUUUAACUAAAUAACAAACUAUGGUUACAUUAGUGGAAGCGUUAGGAAGAAAGUAUUAGAGAAAUAUGUCAUCAGAUUAAUAACAUAAUAUGUGAAUUUUGUGUAUUAAAUUAAGAUACCCCAAAUCAUUACUACAUACAUUGUUCAGGAAAAUCAAAACAACGUUCUCAGACCUCAUGUCGUUGAUCUUACUGUUAGUAACCCUAACUAAUAUGUAUACGGGUCCGAUAUUCGGCCGAAAAUCUUGAGAUAUUUGGGGUCUGCAUAUUAUGUUUUUAUCUGUAUAUGUUACGCCAAUGAAAAAGGUGAAAUUAAUCGUUUUAGGAUGAUGAUUGUGCGACGUUUAACUUUUAAUUGUAGUUUAAUUGUCUUUUAUGCACCCACUUUUUUGCGAUUACCGCCGCUUUUGAGCAUAUAAGCAGUAAAAUAACUUUUGCAUGAGAAACUAAAUUCAGAGGUCUUUUGAGCAAUGCUUACACCUUUUCAAAUAAAACCCAAAAUUAGAAUUAAACAACAAAAAAAACUGGUUCAAUUGACAACACCAUUGCCAUAUUUAAUAAUGUCAAUUUUAGUUCUCUUCCGGAAUACUUUGUCCAGAUUCUCUUGGUACUUCGGUUUUUGUUGGUUGUUACUGUUACCAUUUGUUGAAAAAUCUUCCGUCAAACCGCGUAGCCCGAUGGGUCCCUUGAAAUUGGUUGAUGACGGUAGUUCGAUCCACAUGACCUUCUUGAAAGAUUGGAUUUAAAGUUAUUUUGACAAAUGAAUAUUACAAUAAUUGAUGAGUACUGAAUGUUAAUUUAAUGUGUAAGUUGUUUAAAUUAGACGUAGAUAUAUUUAGGGAGCUCUAAACAUGCACUUCUACCUUUCUGUUCUUAAUAAAAGCGAUGUGCUAAGUCUUAGCUUACAGUUUCUUUUUUUUUUCUUUGGAUUAUCUUUGAAAUAGUCUAUCAUGUGACUUGGUUACUUAUUAAUGUUUUAAUGGCAGAUCGUAUGUCAUCCAUAACAUCUACUUUUUACCCUCAAAGACCUUUCACAGUAACGUUACAGUAAAAGAAACUGUAAAUUUUGAUUCGGACGGCCAUCGCGUUUCACCAUGCCAGCACGAUGUGAUGCAUAGUUUUCAGAAACGGGAAUACAGAAUGCAUUGCGAAACCUAGAAGUUCACGAUUGCAGUUAAGUAAUAAAUUAAAAUAGGUAGAUCAAAUUCGAAUGUUUCCAAUCAGCAUAGCAGUCUUACAUUGUAACAACUAUCUAGGUACCAUCCACAAGUAUAAUCAGCUGAUUAAAUUAAACUUCGAUCUAAUUUUUUUUAGAUUGUACUGUAUAGAGAAGGUGCACGAGCUCUGUUAGAGCUGUAGAUUUCUGCUUUAAGAGUGUAGACCUACUAUAAAUAAUACCAUUGUUCUUUCCACUACUAUUCUCACUUACUGUCUGACUGACUGACGUCUUUGCUGCGCUGCAGGUGUUGUGGAUCCUUACCACUAACGCGCCUAUCGAUGACAGCUUAAAGACUUCGAAUUUAUUUUUAAGUUGUAUUUCUCUCAUACAGAUACUUUAAAAUCUCAGUCGAAAAAUUGUGGCGGACUAGGUACCGCUUUUGUUCCUAUAUGAGUAGUGUUAUGUAAAUAAUAAUGUUUUUAAUAUUUGGCAACAAUAAAAAAAUCUCAAAUUUUACAAAAUUGUUUCUGUGAUGUGUAACUCAAAUGUGUAACCAGAAUCUUUGUACAGUUCGUAUUUGUUAAAAUUCAUUUCAAAAACUUAUUCUUUCUUAAAAUAAUAGUAUUUUCCUAGUUUAUGAUUAUGUAAUAAUAUAAAUAUAUUAAUAUUCAAUUUU